AAAACAACAUCAUCAGUGAACUAACAAAACUUAGCAAUUCAAUUCUCUUAACACAAAAGCUUGAUCUUUUCCCUUGAGCCACAAACAUGUCUCUUAUUCCUUCUUUGCUAGGCAACAGGGGAAUCUUCGAUCCAUUCUCCUCUGAUAUUUGGGCACCCUUUGGCUCCAACAACGAAGUUUCAAGCUUUGCAAAUGCAAGAGUUGAUUGGAAGGAAACCCCAGAAGGGCACGUGUUCAAAGCAGAUUUGCCAGGGUUGAAGAAAGAGGAGGUGAAGGUUGAGGUUGAAGAAGGAAGAGUAUUGCAGAUUAGUGGGGAGAGAAGUGUAGAGAAAGAGGACAAGAAUGAGAAGUGGCAUCGAGUUGAAAGGGGUCGUGGCAAGUUCUUGAGGAAGUUCUGGUUACCUGAGAAUGCAAAAGUUGAUGAAAUUAAGGCGAAUAUGGAAAAUGGGGUACUCACUGUUACUGUUCCAAAGGUGCCAGAGAAGAAGGCUGAGGUUAAGACUAUUGAGAUCAGUGGUUGAACUUGAACCUGACGAGACCAUAAUAUUUGAACCUCUUGAAUGUCCUGUUUCGAUUUCCUUUUGUGUGAAAGUGUUUCCUUUUGUGUGAAAGUGUGACAAAACUUCAAUAAUUGAUGUAUAAGUCGUGUCUUUUACUUGGGUGUGAAUGUAUCAUGAACCUCCAUUUAGUUUGUUUUCGUA